AUGGCUCGAGCAACACUUGGAAAGAGAGCCCGAGGCAUCGACGAAACCGAUGAGCCUUGUGUGGUUGCUACUCCCACCAAGAGAAGUCGACGCUUCACAAAGACUGUCUCAUAUAACGACGAGAAUCAAGACCCUACAUACUCCCCCUUCGACGAUGAGGAAGACGAUGAACUGGCUGAGCUUCCUCCUCCCCGAACACGACGAUCUCCCUCUCAAGCAUCGACAAAGCAAAACCCCGUCACACCUUCAACUCCACGACAUCGCGAUGCUCUCUCGGUGCCCCCUACGACGCCUCGGCACGCCGUCAUGUCGGCAGGCAAACUCUUCAAGCGACUGACACCGCACACGCCUCUCUCGCCCAGCGCAGUCCAAACCAUCUACCACUCGGCUCGACAACUAUUCGCCCGCGGUGCUGAGCCUGGCCAGCUUGUUGGCCGAGACGCUGAACGCAAACAGCUGACCGAGUUCCUCGACCGAUGUUCAUCGUCAAGCCCCAGCGGCUGCCUCUACGUUAGCGGGCCACCAGGGACCGGCAAGAGCGCCAUGAUCACAGAGAUGACCAAGAAGUACGCCGAACACGAGAAUGUGCGAGCUGCCUACGUCAACUGCAUGAGCGUCAAGUCCUCCAAGGAUCUUUAUACUACCCUGCUUAGCUCGCUGGGCCGCGAAGGCGACUCGUCCGAGGCCGAGGCUAUCUCGGCUCUGCAAACAAUGUUUGCCCCCAAAACAAAAUCGAGCACUGCCUACCUCGUGACUCUUGACGAGAUCGAUCACAUUCUCACUCUGGGCUUGGAGAGUCUUUACCGGGUCUUUGAGUGGUCACUGCAAAAGAACUCCCGGCUUGUUCUGGUCGGCAUUGCCAAUGCCUUGGAUUUGACAGACCGGUUUCUGCCCCGACUCAAGUCCAAGAACCUCAAGCCCGAUCUCUUGCCAUUCCUCCCCUACAAUGCGGCUCAGGUCAAAAACAUCAUCACCACACGGCUCAAGUCUCUGAUGCCUGCCGGAGGCAAGGAGGGAUAUGUCCCAUUCAUCCACCCUGCUGCCAUUGAGCUUUGCUCUCGCAAGGUCUCGAGCCAAACCGGAGACAUCCGUAAGGCCUUCGAGAUUUGCCGGCGAGCAUUGGAUCUGAUUGAGGCUGAGACUCGAUCGAAGCAUGAAGAAGAGGCCCGAGAGACCUUACUGCAAAUGACUCCCUCCAAGCGACCCCUGGGAGAGAACAUCAACGGAGCUUCGGGUGGUCCGAGAAGCGUGGUUCAGAUAAUGGCGAACUCACUAAAGGGACUCACCGCAGAGACGGCACCACGAGCGUCCAUUGGGCACCUCAACAAGAUCACCGCUGCCGCUUUUAGCAACGGCACAACACAACGACUCAAGGCCCUGAACCUACAGCAGAAGGCAGCACUGUGCGCCCUUAUAGCUUAUGAGAAGCGGCUUCGAGCAGCAGCCAAGAUGACCCAUGGUGGCUCUACCCCAGCCAAGGCAAAGCUAUUGUCACCAACCAUCAAGACUCUUUUCGACGCAUACUGCCAACUGUGCACCCGAGAUUCCGUCCUUCACCCCCUGUCCAGCUCCGAGUUUCGGGAGGUUGUGGGCAGCUUGGAAACUCUUGGGUUGGUCAACGCAUCAGACGGGAAGAGCGGCAGUCUUGCGGUGCCACAGACACCUAGCAAGAGAGGCCGAAAGGCCCUGGCUGCGUCUGGAGACGAGCGAAGAAUCACCAGCUGUGUUGGAGAGAAGGAGAUUGAGUCCGUUGCCGAGGGUGUUGGUGCAGGAAUCCUGAAGAGCAUCUUGAGCGGAGAGGCACUGGAUUAG